AUGUUCAGUAUCAAGCUGCUAAGUACAAACUUGACUCCUGCAUCCACUCAGUUUAUACGAAAUGUUGCUCAAAUAACAUCCAUUCAUGCCAUCACAUCAUUAAAAACAACACCUCCAUCAAAGAACCAUUCAGUUGAAGAAGGCAACAAGCGUAAACAAUUACUAGAAAGACCAGGAUUAUUUGGUAUAAAACAAGGUAUGAUAACUUGGUUUACUUCCAAAGGAGAACAGAUACCGGCAACAGUUUUGGAAAUCGAUUCAGUUGAAGUUAUCGGUCACAAGACCAAGGAAGAAUUCGGUUACGAUGCCAACAUCAUUGGUACUAUAGAUAAAUUGAAAAAUUAUCCCAGAUUGCAUGAGUUGCAAAUGUUUGGCAAAGCUGGUACAUCACCAAAAUAUAAAUUUGGUGAAUUUAGAGUCCGUGAUUCCACCAAUUUGAUCCCACUUGGAACUGAGCUAAAAGCCAACUAUUUUGCAGUAGGACAAUUAGUUGAUGUUAAAGGAAUCACAAAGGGUAAAGGAUUUGCUGGUGUAAUGAAACGUUGGAAUUUCAAAGGUGGUAGAGCAACUCAUGGUGUUUCGAAAGCUCAUAGAACUCCUGGUGCAAUGGGAGGUAAUCAAAACCCCGGUAGAGUUUUACCAGGAAAGAAAAUGCCGGGUAGAAUGGGAUGUUCAAACAUGACUGAUUUUAAUAAAGAAGUUUUGCAUGUUGAUGGUGAUGCAGGAAUCUUGAUUUUGAAAGGUUGUAUUCCUGGACCAAAUAAGGCAAUUGUUAGAGUUUCAGAUGCUAUCAAGUUGUAUGGUAAAUCAUUGAAUCAACUUGCGAGAGAGUAA